CGCCCGGGCGCAGGCUGGCGUCAGGGCCCGCGGCCGUCGCGCUCCCGCCUCUCUCCGCGCUGUCCGCUUCGCCUUCGGCUCGCCGCGCCUUCCCCGCCCCGGACGGGCCGGGCCCUGGCGCAGCAUUUUGUGACUGUUUUUACUUAAUUGGUCAUUGAUAUCUUAACAAGCAUGGAGAUAAGAUUAGAAGUUUUGACAUCAACAAGUAUCAAGCAGAAAAAACCCUGGCCACGAGUCUGCUGGUUGGGACAGGAAAAUGAAGCUGUUUUUCUUUUGGAUGAUAAAUUCAUAAAUGAAAUUAAUUUGCUGUCAGGAAGGACAAAGAAGAAAAUUCCUAGUCUGCAGCCUUUGUUGAAGAAUGUUAUUGUCCUAACAACGUCCAGUAAUGAUGCCUGGCUGGCUGGGGUACUCACUACAGGGGAGGUUUUCCUUUGGAACAAAGAUCAAGAUUGUUUGAAAACUAUACAAGCAACUGAAAAGCCUAAGGAAAUGAUUAAAGCUGCAGUAGCAAGCUCUUUGAGACUGUACUUGUAUGUAUCUGGAAAUGGGAAAAGAGUUCUGCUUAUAACUCCUUCUGGAUGCAUAUUUCUUUGGGAAUAUUUGGAAUUCAAGAAUAUCAUAUCUUCUAAAAGCCCUUCAUUGGUGGGCCAGUGGUCCCAGAUCAUACCUGAAGAAGCAGUUCAUUUGCCUUCCACUAAAGAUAAAGAAGCUGUAGUGCAUGCUGUUUUCAUAAAAAAUGAGUUAUUUGGAGACUGCUGCUUGUGUUCAUUUACUUUUUAUUCUGGGGAAUGCCUGAAAUUAACAUUUCUAGCAAUUCGGUGGCAUGAGAAUGUAUUUACACCUAUAAGAUCAUUGCCAUUCUGUGUUCAUUGGGCACAACAAGAUUGCCUUCUGAGCAGUCUGAUUCCUAAAUGUGAAUCAGUAAAAUCAAGAGGAGCUCUAAUUUCUGCCUUUUCCAGAGAUGGCCUUACCCUGGCAGUAACUCUUAAUCAGAAAGAUCCAAAGGCAACUCAGGUAUUAUUUAUAAACACACUGAAUUUUGUUACUCUCUAUGGUAGCCUUAAAGGAUGUAGUAAUAAGAAUCCUGUGGUUCCAGCUACACUUGUCAGGUCCUACUGGGUAGGUGAUAUCAGCUGGACUCACGAUAGUCUUUUUCUGGCUUGUGUGUUAAAACGCGGCUCCCUGGUUUUGUUGACCUGCCAAGGUGAAUUGCUCACAUUAGUUACAUUUGGUUGCUCAAUAGAAUUUGGGCCAGCAGAAUUUAUUCCUCUUCACCCACUAAUAACAUAUAGACCACAGCAGUUUACUUUUCAAGAUUCAAAUAAUUCUGUAGAUUCAUCAGCGUCUGAUAGUGACCCUAUGAGACAGAGAUUUUCUGUAAAAGCACACUCACGGUUACCCUACCUCAUUAUUUCUGAUGGAUACAUGGUCACAACCCUUCGAUUUCUCGGUAACCUGUCUCCAUCAGUGCUCAUGAGAUCCCUUCUACUUGACUCAACUGAGAGACUUGAGAAAACGUACCAAAGUGUGGUGAUGUCUAAGCCAAAAGGCAAAGGACUAAACUUGCGAUCACUGGAUUCCCUAAGGUCUAGCCUGUUAAAACACCAAGGAAAUGAAAGUUCAGCUGAUUCUACUCUCCCCAGAUUCUUGCAAGCGGAAGAAACAAUGAAGUUAGAUGAAAAAACAGCAGAUUUGCAGGAUUUUGAAGAGGAAGAAACUGAUGAAGGCAAACACUUUCCAAACAACUUACUCUCUUUUUGGAGCCAGGAAAAUGAUCCAUUGUUUAGUAGUGCCAAGGAGGGAAGAUUGGAAUUUGCAUCUAUGUUUGAUACGAUACAUGCAAAGGGUAACAAUGAGGAGACAGACAGAACCAUUGCAGAACUGCAGUCUGUCCAGAAAAAUCUCCUUGCGGCAUGGGCUAUUGGCAUUUCAAAAAAUGUGACAGAAAAAAAUUUAAUGUUAAAUUAUACAGUAGUUUGUAUCACUCAUUUUUUCUACAUUCUUCAAUUUAUAAAAUGUCCUUUCCCCACACUUGGUCUUUUUUUAAACAAGAGCCCAAGACAUAACGCAUGGAUACUUUGUAUCUUUGAACUUUUUCAUCAGUGUUUAUCAAUCCAGUAUUGGGAUAUGAGAUACAAACAAGAUGUGGGACAUUUGGUAAAGCUGACCUCAAAUACUAUCAAGCUUUUGUUGACUCAGCAACAACAGGGUCAGUUAUUCUCAGAGAAGCUUUUAGCCUGUUUUCAUUUACUCAGAAUGGUAGCUGAUAAUCUAAAUGACACAUACAAUCUUCAACCUGAAAUUACUUCAGCAUUAACUGAUGGAAGUAGAACAGCAAAUCAAGACUCAUUUGUGGUACCCGUGUUUCAGAUGUUUCAAGAUAGUGGUUCUCGCGGAAACUGGUCUUGGAACUCAGCUUUCAAGAUUUGUCCUCAAGUAGUAAAUCUUGUUCAACAGCCAGGUCACAGAUUGAUUGCUCUCUGGAGAAUAUUGUACAAAAAAACUUUAUGGUAUCAAACACAAUUAAGUCGAAGAGUUCCUGAAGAUGACAGACCGUUCAAUGAAAAGAUGACCCAUGAAGCUUCUGCUGUCAAGAGCCUGUUAUGUCACAUACAGUCUAACUUACAGGAGGCUGGAGUUUGCGUGAACCGAACCUUAGAACUUAAACCUAUCAAUGGUGAAGAGUGUUUCCUUUUAGGAUCAUAUGAAAAGUCUGUUCAGCUGUGGAAGAAAGCUCUUCAGGAAACCCAAGAGAAAGGAGGAAGAAGGACAUGUUUUCUUCAGAUACGCUAUUAUCUUUCUCUUUUAUACUGCUACCUUUAUAGCUAUAAUUUAAAUGAUGCUCAAGGAUUGUGUGAUCAACUAGUAAGAGAAAUACUGAGGUGGUCGUACCUACCUGUAAAAGAAAAUGAAGAUUGUUCAGUUCCUGAGAAGUCUCACUGUGAGUCUGGAGUGACUGCAGGCGCUCGUCCUGAGGCGGCAGUGAGGGUUGUCCAGUCCAUGGCUCGCUUCAUGGCCGCCUAUUUCGCCAAUCAGCUGCUUUGCAUUUUGCCGCCUCACAACGUGAAUGUUCUUCCUCCUCUUCAUAUUAAAACAGAGCAGCCCCUUCGACUUAUUCCUCUACAACACUCUAAGGUGGCCAGUGCUGUUAGAGAUCAGAAUCUUUCUAAUGUAUGGACAGUUGAAUAUGCCCUUGAAUUAUUAUUUAUUGGUGGCCUGGUCCCAGAGGCUGUGUGGUUGGCACAUAAACUUGGAGACUGGAAGACAUCUGUUUCAAUUGGUGUGGCCUUCCAACUCUUCUGUAAACAUGAUAGCAGUUUCACAAGGUCCAAGAAAAAGGAUUUGAAUCUACCUUUAAAUAUGACUCCAGCACAGAUUUUCCAGGAAAAACUCCAGUGUUUUUUAGGUCAGCCAGCCUCUCUGGAAGCAAAAAAUGAAAUGUGCUCAAAAUACAAGCAAUUUACAGAUCCCAUUGAAGAGGAAGACGCGAAUAUGCUCUUUGGUUCCGUACAGGAAGUACUGAAAGCGGCAGUUAUGGCUGAUGCAGACAUUCUUUCAGAGACGUUUCAGCUUCUGAUAAACUCUGCCAAGGACUUCAGCAAGAGACUGUGGGGCUUGGUGCCCAUCGGCUUGUAUCUUCCAGCCCCUCCAUUAUAUUGUCCUCAGCCAGCUAUUCUUAGUGAAGAAGAUGGCGAUGAUCUUCUUUUAAAAGCUGAAAAAGAUAAUCGCCAAAAGGUGUCUGGAAUCCUUCAACGUGUUCUCUUGCUUUUCCGGGCGGCUCGGUGUUCUUUUCCUGUCGCGCAGUGGUACAUCUUGCAGUUGAGGUGGGCAAGAAAAGUCAUGCAGAAGAUUCGAAUGAAAGGGUCCCUUCCUUCAUUAAGUCCUUUCCCUCAGUCGUUACUUAAUUACUGUAAAGGGGGUGUAGCGUUCUUUCGACCUGGAGCAACUGGAGACUACAAGCUCGAUGAAGUUUCCAUUAAAGCAAUAGGUUGCUUCAGAGAACUUUGUGCUUUGUGUUGGAUGCUGCAUAUUCGUGAUAAGUUAUCCUAUAGUUGCAGGCAAUAUCAGAAAGCAAGAGAAAAUGUGGAGGGAAGAAAGGUAUUUACCUGCACAAGAGUAAGAAAAAUGAGCAAAUGUUCCUUGGGAAAUCAUUGCUUGGCCCUUGAAGUGGAGUUUGAUUCUUGUGUGGUUGAGCACUGUCUCGGUGCGGUGGAAUGGGCCUAUAGAAUGCUGCCUUUCUCUCGGUUUUCUAACAUUGAAGAACUGAUUCAGGAUCUGCUGUUGAGCCUCAUUGGAGAACUGCCACCGAUCAGAAAGGUAGCAGAAAUUUUUGUGAAAGCGUUCCCCAAUCCUGAGGAUAUAAGGGUCCCUUUAAGAGAAAAAUAUCACUCUCUUCAACAGAGACUCAGGCACUGUGUUGUGAAAGGCCCCCAAACUGAGGAAAUGAUGUCUGUUAUCAUGCACUCUAUCCAUAAAGUGAGGAUGAAAGCCCUAAAACGUGUGCAGAGAAAUAUAGGUUCUUUUGAGAUGAAUAUAUGGGAACCAGCUGAAGAAGAAAAACCAGCUGAGGUUUCAGGUUUUGACAGGUUUUCCCUGGGGACCAGUUUGAGCAGGAGCACACUCACGGAACUGGGGAAUUCUCUGGUCCACAGUGAUGCAGAUACAGCAGACACCUUCUCUGAGGCCUUGUUGGUUGAAGAGAAAAGCAGGAUACGUUUGUAUCAAAGAAAUGCCCCAAGUCACAUGGAAUUAACAUCUAUUGGUAAGCCCAAUGAAAAAAAGAAAAUAUGUAAUCAGAAAGAAAGCCCUGAAGAAGAUCAUGCAAAGUUAUCACAAAAUGUACUUCCUGUAAUAGGUGUUUGGGAAUUUGAACGUGAUGAUGAUGAAUAUAUUAAAUUCCUUGAUCUCUUCUUGAGUUAUGUUCUUGAAAGAGACCUACUUGGUUCCAAGGAUCCUGGCAUUCCAUUUCUAACCAGUUUUUCUGGACAUCUUAGAGAACAUGAACUUAAUUCUUUACUUUUUGAUGUCCAUACAACAUUAAAACGACGUCAGGGCAAAACCAAAAGCCAGAAUGUGUUUAGAGCUGGCUCUUGCUUUGUUGUUGCUCCUGAGUCACAUGAGUCUGAAAAAUCGGAAAACCAGGCACCUUCAACUUCAGUACUGGUUAAUCAAGGGAUGAACCCUUUCUUAGAGAACCCUUUGAAUGAAGUCAAUAAAAGUGCAGAGAAGAGUGGAUUAUUUGGUUUAAAACAAAAGUCGAUUUACAGAAUCCAAGAUGACAAUCCAGAGAAACCGUUAAUCCAGAGAUUGCCGAGCCAUAUUUUUUGGACUCCCAAGUCCGUUAAAACUGGAAGAUGUAGUUUCAAAGCAAUCCAAUGCGAUGAUAUUAACCCUCAAGAAGAUCUUCCUCUGGCACUAAAUAACAUGUUUGGCAGUAUAAGAAGGUUGCUGGAGUGGAUGAUAAGAUGGUCUGAUAGAAGACUUCUCUGUGACCCUGGUCUCGCUGAAUCAUCCUGUGAGUACAGUCCCAUCAUUCGGGUGAAGACCUCUGCAGCUGCCAUUCUCACAUCAUUGUGGCUUUUGGAACAACCCUAUUUUGCUGCAUAUAAGGCAGAAAAUUCCAUUAUUAAGGUGGUAGAGAAUCACUCAGCUAGAUCUCAGAGCGAACCCCAUAUUGAGAGUGACUGCAAAACAGAUGCUGGCGGUUCUGUCGCAGCAUCCACUCAACUUGGACUCGAGCAAAGAAAUGAUCAAAAUGAAUCUUAUCAAAGUAUCUCGAAUAGAAUGCCAACUGAAGCAAAAAAUCCUGAAAUAAAAGAAACCAGUGAAGAGGUUAUUUCUGUCACUGAUGGUACUGGAAAAGAAUUUAUAGAUAUUGAUGAGGAUCUUUCAGAAGUAGAAACGUUUACACAGGAGGAAAUGGAUGUAUGUCUGUCAGACUAUGAAGAAGAUACCAAAGAACCUGUGAGAAGUCUCAAAAGUCCCAGUAUUGCCAUUUACGUGCAGACUUUACCACAGCAUUUAGAAGAACAUUCUACAGGAGAGCUUCUGUGCCCAAGGGAGGGACCAUUGGAGACAUAUAUGGAGAAAAAAUCAACUGAACAGAAAGGUAUGAUCGAAGGCUUUUCAAAUCCUGAACACACCACUCCUCAUUCAUUUUGUGUAGACACAAGUUCAGAAAUUUCUAGUGCACAGAUCUCUGCAUUUAAAGAUAAGUCUUCAUCAGUUCCACCUUCCAUAUCAAAUGGAGUCAGUGUUGCUUCACAAACACCUGUGCCGACACCUCGGCAGACCCAGAGAAACGAACCCAGGGCUCACUUACCAGAUUCUUCCGAUUCUGUUAGGCAGAUGCUCCAAGAUGAAAUGUUUAAAUUAGUUCAGCUGCAACAGAUCAACUUCAUGAGCCUCAUGCAGAUAGUGGGAUCAUCCUUUGCUAACCUCCCAGAUGUCAGUCAACUUUUACAGCAGUCUCAGUCUGUGCAUUUGGUGGGAAACCAAGUACUGAACCCCGCAGGAGGGAGUGGUGAUGUUGAAGACACCAGUAGAAGUCGGAAGGAGAGAUUUUUCAUUAAACCACAGUCUAUGGGAGAGUGCACCAGAGAGCCUGGCAAGAACAGCCCAAACUGCCAUAGAGGAAUUUUGCAAUCUGAUCAAAAUAGUAAUGGAAAUUUACAGAAUGUUCCCCAUGAGAGUAUUCCUUUUUGUCACUUAGAAGGCCAACCUCAGAAUAGAGGACUCACUCCACCGUCUCAAAACUUACCAACCACUUCAUUGUCUCCAGGCCCUGCUGCACAUACUCACCUCCAGCUUUUGUCCACAUCUUCUCUAAUUCCAAAGACACCUAGACUUAUUCCCGUUGCAAAAACUUUAAGACCUGGUGAUGGUUUUCCUUUGCUUCAAUUUGAGCCCAAGCAUGAAUUUAAGCCCCUUUCCUUCCCUACAGGAAGAGUUGCACAAGUUCCCUUCAGGCCUCUGCCACAGCCAAGAGAGGCUUGGGGCUUAGCUGAUUCCUUCCAACCUCCUUUGCCACAGAGAGCAAUGCACACUGCUUCCACGUCCCAUUUGAAUUUGAGCCAGUAUAAUACUGAAGCCAUAAAAAAAGCAGUUGAGCAGAAGAAAUGGGCAGAAACGGUGACUACAGAAAUCCCGAAGCAUGUGAACUCGGAUCAGAAUGUUGGACAAGAAAACUUGACACCUCGACAGGACUUUUCAACAGUUAUAAAACCAGAAAAACUAUUUGAUGUUAAGCCAAGGCCCCUUGAGAUAUCUCCUCAGAAUUCCUUCGGACUUCCAUUAUUGCACCUGCAACUUAAACCUCAUUAUAUAUAUUCCUCUGUGUCAAGAGCAUCAGUUACAGUUCCCUCCGUACCUAUCAGAACUGUAGCAGAAGAGAGAACAUACCCAAGAUUAUCAUUACUUCACUCUUGUCUCUCUCCAGGAAACAUGCACAAAAAACCACAGCUUAUCCCACUUGAAAACCUCAUUGCGUUUAAACAAAGCCAACAGAAACUAACACGUAAUUUAUUUGAACAAGGCGAUCCUGGGCAUCUUCAGCUUCUGAAGGUCCAAAUGGAAUCCUCUGAAGUGAGGCAAGGAAAGGACAGUAAAAAAAGGCAAAGACGACGAGCUGAAAAAGAGCUGCAGGAAGAAAGAUCAGAGAAACUAAGGAGAAAACCAAGUGUGACUUUCCAACCAGAGGAUUCCAUCAUUAAUGAUAAGGAUUCAGAAAUAGUUAUGAAAUCCAAGGAGCAACAAGAACAUCAUGGUCCCCAACCUUUGGAUGACUUUGACAUUCCUUUUGAAAUGCUACAAGAGGAUGUUAAUACUUCAGCCGGAUUGCAUUUCAUGGCCUCUGUAAGAAAGAAAGCUAGAGAAUGUCAGGAUGCAAGUACAAAUACAGACUCAGAUAAAGAAGCUGCUUCUCAAGAAGUUGUUCCUGAAUGUCAUAAAAAUCAACAAGACAUUUCGUCCACAUCAGAACAAGAACCUUUGAAUGUUCCUCAGCUGUUGGCUCCAGAUGUAUAUCUAAAUCUCAAACUUUCCACUGAAAUAUCAAAGAAACCUUUGUCACCCUCAGCAUCUGAUAGGGUUGGAUACACUUACAUAAAUGUGAUUGACAUUGAAGCAGAUGAUCUACAGGAGUUACCUGUCAGAGAAGAGCGUUCCGAUGAUAAUAUCAAACAGCAAGGUGAUCAUCCAGAAGUCCUGUCUUCUGCACAGUUACAUUAUAUGGCAGCUUCUGUUACUAACGCUGUUCCCCUGCACAAGUUCAAGCCUCAAGAAGUGUCUCCAUCCUGUCUGGAUGGAAGAAGCUGGAGAGCAGCCAUUGCGGAAGUGAAGGAGCCUGGUGUCCCCUCACUUACACCACCAGACAUACAGCAGGACAAAGUUGUGCCGAAGCCAGAUUUUCAAUUCAAAGAACAGAGCUCAAAGUCGGAUGCUGGAGAAGAUUAUCUGCUGUGGGAAGUGCUGCACGAUGUCUCCGUCGCUCGUCCUGCGCCGAGCUCUGCAGCUUGCCGGCUAGAGCAUCUCACCUCUAAGCUUCAGAAAAUUGAUGAACAGCUGUUAGCAAUACAGAGCAUUGCUGAAAAUAUAGAGCAGGAUUUCCCCAGACACGAAGUGCUAGACCGACACUGCGAUAAGGUUGGACCUUUGGAUCACAUUGAAUUGUCUUCUGGUCCUGAAUCUGAAAAAAAACUGGCUUCAAAAACCAUCAGCAUUUCCGAAGAAGUGCAUUUCCUGACCCAUGUGAAUAAGGAAGAUCAAAGUGACAGAGAAGAGACUUCAGAAGCUGAAUUUUCAGUAACAGAAACUCAUUCUAGUCAGAAAACCUGCGUGUUUCCUUCUGCUGAUUCGGCUGUCAGCCUUUCCAGUGACCAGAAUAUGACGUCUCCUGGUGUGAAUAACAGUGAUGAGUUAUUUGAAAGUGUUUCAGUAGGUCCAUUCCAGAUGACUGGAUUGACUGAUAUUGCAGACAUUAUUGAUGACCUUAUUACAAAAGAUGGAGUGUCCAGUGAUGAGCUCGGCUUAACAGAACAACAAACUAGGAAUAUCUCCAGGAUUCAGCAUUCUUCUGGUAGACGUCCACAAAGAACGGAGAAGGAGAGAAGAGAGAUUCAAGCCUGGAUGAAAAGAAAACGAAAAGAAAGAAUGGCAGAGUACUUAAAUCAGCUAGCAGAAAAGAGAAGCCAAGAGCAUGAUCCUUUCCGCCCCAGGAGCAAUCCAUUUUACAUGACUUCAAGGGAAAUCAGGCUGACACAAAAGAUGAAGCAUGAAAAAGACAGAUUGCUGCUCUCUGACCACUAUAGUCGUCGAAUCUCACAAGCAUACAGUCUGAUGAGUGAACUGUUAUCUGAAUCAGCACAGCUACCAGCAGCUGCGCAGAAACCGCUGCCUGACAGACCCAGAACUGCUCACACUUCCAGACGGCAACGCUCUCUUUCUCCAAGAGGAGAGAAUCGACAUGGUCACAAUUUUCCAAUAAAUCAACCUGGAAAAGUCAGAAAUAUAUCCAAACCCAGUUGUACGCCAAAGGGGAAGCCUUUGGGGCAACCUCACGGCUCACCUUGGCCACGUGGAACUGCCACUUUUACCAUUCAGAAAAAAUCUGGUGGAGCCAAAAUGGCAGUAAGAAAGGCUGUGCAGUCUCCAGUUACCUUCCAAAAAGGCUCUCGUGCUCCAUGUUGUAGUCUGCAGCAUACAAAAAGUCGUGCCGGGCUUGCACCGCAAACCAAGCAGGUGUGUAUAGAGUAUGAGAGAGAGGAGACCGUGGUGAGCCCCUGGAUAUUGCCUGCAGACAUCCGUCAGGUUCUUCGUGAGAGUCACAGUUCUCUUCUCCAAGACUUGUCACCAACGAAAGAGGAGCCAAAGCCUCCUUUUGAGGUGAGUGGCAUGGACAGCAUGUCUGAGAGCACUGGCAGCAUCCUCAGCAAGCUUGACUGGAAUGCCAUUGAAGACAUGGUGGCCAGUGUGGAGGACAAGAGCCCGUCUGUCUACUGGGCCCUGGACCUGUAAGACCUGAAUAUCAUUCUGUUUCCAAGCAAAGGCCAGCAUCUCACUGAUGUGGUUCUGAAAGAUUUGUGAGUUUCAGGAAGAGAAGCAAUGAAGGAAGCGAUGUGAGUUUAUCACCUGCAGCCAUAUUAUUACCUGGAUUAGCUAUUUCAAGAGGGAAAAAUAAACAUUUCUCAAUAAUUUUGCCUUCAUGGGGAAAGGGUUGUUUAACUAUAGAUGUAUUAUAUGUUUUUUGCAUUUGAAUUAUCUUUAGGCAUAAUUUUUUAAGUGAUGAAAAGUACUUAAACUACUUUCAAUAAAAAUCUUCUAUCUA